CAUCUCUGCUGACGUCAACUCUCGUCCCGAACCAACGUUCUGUUCCACCACUAGUGAGGAUCACGAGCAGCAUCCGUUUGUCUUCUUCUUCUUCGAUAUUUCGAUAUAGUGCCUCUGGAAGAUCUAUACGCACAAUUUGGCCGGUGCCUCACAAUCUCCUCUGCCAUUUAUACACAUACAGACCCUCCUCCGGCCAACAGGGAGACUGCCGACAGGGAUAAGCAUCCCAUCCCGGAAAGCCCGGAGGACAUCUUCGGAAAGGGAUCCACGUCCGGCAAGCGAAAAUGAUGCCUCCGGACAUCCAAACGUCGGUGGAGGCCCGUCGGUACUACGACGCACUGCACGCCGAACUCAUCAAGACCGGCAAGUACCAUGCCUUCACAUUGCCGUGGUCGACGAUAGGCAUGGUCGCCGUCCCGGUCUACCUCAUGUUCGACCACCGACACUCCCGGCUGCGACGAGCGCUGCGGAUUCCGUUCUUCCUGCUGGUCGCCACUCACAGCAUAUGGGUGCUACUUACGAACCGGGCCCGGGACGCCGCCAUGGCCUAUCUGACCGGCCUCAUACCCAUUUUCUUGCUGCUCUGGAGCGCGACGUUCCUGCUGUACAGCGACGGCCAGCGGGAUUUCAAACGACUGCAGUACCGGAACAGCGUUGCUUUCGGCCGGUUCCACACCGACGGGAAGCGAACUGCAAAGGCAGCUGACGGCUACGCGGACGGCCCGGUCACCCGGAAAGACAACGGUCAUGCAAACGGUGACGGCAAAGGCUCCGCCAACGCGAAGUCAAAUGGCAGCGCCCACGGCCACGCCGACAGACCCUCGAACGAUACAGUCCGCAACGUCACCUCCACCACUCUCACCUACGACAACCCGCGCCGCGCCGAGACCGGCCCGGUCUACUGGCAGGGCUACCCGACAUCCUCGUUCCUCGAGCGUCUGGACUGGGUGGUGGAUCUCUUCACCAACUUCCGCGGCAUCAAUUGGAACUUCCAGAUCCCCGAUCUGCCGCCACGGCCCUCCUGGGUCGAGGCUGAUCUCGCCGGCAAGGUCAGCGGCACGCCCGAAUUCUACGAACACCUCACGCCCACGCCCGACGUCCUCGUCAGCCGCACGGGCGUCCAAGCCUUCACCUCGAGCCGGAAAACGGUCUGGUACAGCGCGGCGAAGCUCUUCUUCGGCUUCGUCAUCAUCCUGGACAUCCUGAAGCUCGCCGUCAUUCACGACCGGUACUUCUGGGGCUUCGUCGACCCCGUCCCGCCUGCGCCCGCCUAUCUCCCCUCCCUGAUCGCCGACUCGCCCUUCCUGCUCAAAUGGUACCGCUUGCUCCUCGGCUGCGGCGCAAUCUGGGCCGGGAUCUCAUCCAUCAUGGUCGUGGGUCCGCUCGUCUACGUCGGUCUCCUCGGACCCGAGCGCGUGGGAAUCCGGGGCGAGCCUUGGGCGAACCCACCCGAUGCGUUCGGAUCGCUGGCAAACGUCCUCGACAAAGGUCUCGCGGGGUACUGGGCCGGCUUUUGGCAUCAAAUUUUCCGCCGCACUUUCGAGGCGCCCGCCACGAAACUGAUGAACGCGUUGGGGAUCAAGCCGCGGAGCAACGCGGGGUUGCUGGCUGCUUCUGCCUGUGCAUUUGGCGUUUCGGCCCUCCUGCACAUGUCUGGAAGUUUCACCGAGCUCGGCGAUACCCGUCCGCUGAGCGGGCCAGGUUUAUUCUUCGUGCUGCAGCCGCUUGGGAUCUUCGCGCAGAUCUUCUUCGUGCGGGCACUGCGGGCCAGUGGUCUUGCGAAACUGGUCCCACGCUGGCUCGGGCGUCUCGGGAACUUUACUUGGAUGAUGUACUUCUUGUACUACACCGCACCCUUGCUCGUUGAGGACUUUGCUCGGGGCGGCGUGUUGCUGUUUGAACCAUUGCCUUUCAGCCCGACUCGUGCGCUAGGUCUGGCACCUGCGAAGGAAGAGGCGAUCGUGGGCCGGUUCCCAUUCUUGUUAGAUGGAGUGGCGUUCUGGCAUCAGGGACCGACUUGGUGGCAAACUGGACUUGCACUUUAAACGUUGACGCUGAAGAACGAUAGAUUGCGUUACAGCGCUAUCAUGGCAUCGUGGUCGAAUCCUCAUUCGAGGUUUCCAGUGCGGUCAAUUUGACGACUUGAUGAUCUCAUUCUAUGCAUUUUCUGCGAAUUCUUUUCCGUUUGGCAUGGGCGCUAGACAUGAAUAGCAUGAGCGAGUUGCACAAGUCGACGGCAUGAUGGUGGUUUCAUGCUUGUUGGAGUUCACCUAUAUAUGGCAUAUAAUUAGAUUGAACCGCCGUGAAAGACCGGGAAAACUUACACGACUUCAUCCUUCCGGC